CUUGAUUGGUAAUAAUUAUUCAUAGGUAGUUGUUUUUUUUUUUUUAAACUUUGGAAUUUCUUAUCCUUCCUUCUCCUAUAUUUUCUUAUAAGUAGGUGCCUCUUUCCAGAGUAGUUUCAAUGAAUCUUUGGAGGACUGGAUAGAGAGUGCAAGUAUAUACCCACUUUUACUGAGUCCCAAGGAAUUCAAUCUCUUUCCAUCAGCUGAGGAAACCUUAGCUCAGAUUUUGGAGAAUCUAAUCCUUGAACUGUUAGGAGAAACUUUGAAGGGAUCCUUGGCCUGAUCCUUCUUGACAGAACUCAGAAAAAUCAUCAGAUCCUUUAAUGACACAUCAGGUAUAUAAGGGAAUUAGAUCCCUUUUCCCAUCCAAUGGGAUUUUUGCUGGUUGUUUAUGAAUAGGGCAGAGCAUGAUGUAUUUUAAAUAAUUUAAUGAAAGAAUUGAAACAAGUUUUAUGUUGAUAAUUAUUGGGGAAUUUAGUAGAUACCCUUCUGGAGAAAACUAGAAGAUUCCUCAUGGGACUGUGAUAAGACCAGGAUUAGGAAACUCACAGAGAAAGUGGUGGGUGGCAAUGUCCAUGCUUCUAAAUCUACAGCACUUGGACAAAAUGCAGGUGAUGUAGCUGCUUCUGAAGGAUGAUUGCCAGUUCUGUCCCAUAAAGAACAGAAUAUAGAAGCACAGAGAAAGGGAUAAUUACUCUGGUCAAAGAGGCUACCAAAAUUAACCUGGUUUUCUCAGGGAUUUGUCAUAUCACAGUCUGAAAUUGUGUCUAUAUUAUAGCUUGCCCCUGUGUUGCAUUAGACAGUCUUUUUUUAAAAAGACUUUACGUCAUCAAACUGUGAGCAUAACAAGCAUAUUGCUUCUUUAUAAAGAUUUUAAGGGUUUGUAGAAACCUGUGUAUCCUUUCUGUAAAAUUUCCUUCCUUGUGUCUGCAGAAGAUAUGAAGAUUGGAAUUGGAACUUCUAGGUAAAUUCUAUUUAGUCUAAAAUGUCAUGUGAGUGCAAGGAUAGAUGCAUGCUAUAACUUUAAUUUUAAAUUCUAAAUGCUUAAAAAUGAACAAAUGGUGAAACAUUUCCCCGGUGUUUCAUGUGUCAGCAUUGAUCAUAUCUGACUUUGUAUUGCUUCUAAUUUCCUUUCUCCUUUCUUGUCUUGACUUACUUUUGCAGUUACAUUUCUAAGGCCCCAAGAGCAAGGCUCUGCAUUUGAUAUUAGCUCUUAGGAUGAAAGAAAACUGACAUAUACUGAACAACCACUGUGCUCUGGGCAUUGUGCUAGAUAGACAGUGCUCAGACAAGUGCCAGAAGGAUGGAAGUAUGAUGUGAUGGACAUAACUAUGGGCUACUGUGUGGGUACACGGCCCCCUCCUUCCUGCCUCAUCCUCCUGCUUCUCAAGCUCUUGGCCACUGUGUCCCAGGGGCUGCCAGGGGCCGGGCCCCUGGGCUUCCACUUCACACAUUCCGUUUACAAUGCUACCGUGUAUGAGAACUCAGCAGCGAGGACCUACGUCAACAGCCAGAGCCGAAUGGGCAUCACCUUAAUUGAUCUGUCCUGGGAUAUCAAGUACAGAAUCGUCUCUGGGGACGAAGAAGGCUUUUUCAAAGCAGAGGAAGUCAUCAUCGCAGAUUUCUGUUUUCUCAGAAUAAGAACUAAAGGCGGCAAUUCUGCCAUAUUGAACAGGGAAAUUCAGGACAAUUAUUUAUUGAUAAUAAAAGGUUCGGUCAGAGGGGAGGAUUUGGAAGCAUGGACCAAAGUGAAUAUUCAGGUUUUGGAUAUGAAUGAUCUGAGGCCCUUAUUUUCACCCACAACAUACUCCGUUACCAUAGCGGAAAGCACACCUUUAAGGACGAGUGUCGCCCAGGUGACAGCAACGGAUGCCGAUAUUGGUUCCAAUGGGGAAUUCUACUACUACUUUAAAAACAAAGUCGAUCUCUUCUCGGUUCACCCCACGAGUGGUGUCAUCUCUUUGAGUGGACGAUUAAAUUACGACGAAAAGAACAGGUAUGACUUGGAAAUUUUGGCCGUGGACCGAGGGAUGAAACUCUAUGGGAACAACGGGGUGAGCAGCACCGCGAAGCUUUAUGUUCACAUUGAACGAAUAAAUGAACACGCCCCAGCCAUCCAUGUCGUCACUCAUGUUCCUUUCUCCCUGGACAAAGAGCCGACAUAUGCGGUGGUGACCGUCGAUGACCUCGAUGAGGGGGCCAAUGGAGAGAUUGAGUCUGUUUCCAUUGUGGCUGGGGAUCCUUUAGAUCAGUUCUUCCUGGCGAAGGAAGGAAAGUGGAUAAACGAAUAUAAGAUUAAGGAGAGAAAGCGGGUCGACUGGGAGAGCUUUCCCUAUGGCUAUAAUCUCACUCUUCAAGCCAAAGACAAGGGGUCGCCUCAGAAAUUUUCUGCCGUAAAGAUCGUCCAUAUCGCCAACCCCAAGAGAGACACUGUCCCAGUUAGAUUUGAAAAAGAAAUGUACGAUGUGAGCAUUAGUGAAUUUUCCCCUCCUGGUGUUGUGGUUGCCAUAGUAAAAUUAAGCCCGGAACCGCUAGAUGUGGAAUACAAACUAUCUCCUGGUGAGGAUGCACAGUACUUCAAAAUUAAUCCUCGGUCAGGUCUGAUUGUCACAGCACAGCCACUGAAUACCGUUAAGAAGGAAGUUUAUAAGCUGGUGGUGACAAACAAGGAAGGGGAUUUAAAAGCACAAGUCACCAUUGGCAUAGAAGACGCGAACGACCACACCCCAGAAUUUCAGCAGCCACUGUAUGAGGCUUUUGUGAAUGAAAGUGUUCCAGUGGGAACAAGCGUUCUGAUGGUUUCAGCUUCCGAUAAGGAUAAGGGAGAAAAUGGGUACAUCACCUACAGCAUCGCCAGCCUGAAUUUGUUGCCGUUUGCCAUUAACCAGUUUACAGGUGUUGUUAGCACGACUGAAGAAUUGGAUUUUGAAUCCUCUCCAGAAACUUACAGGUUCAUUGUCAGAGCCUCUGACUGGGGUUCCCCAUACCGGCAUGAAAGCGAGGUAAAUGUGACUAUUCAAAUAGGGAAUGUCAAUGACAACACCCCUCUCUUUGAGAAAGUAGCUUGCCAGGGAGUUAUUUCAUAUGACUUUCCAGUUGGGGGUCAUAUCACAGCCGUCUCUGCAAUCGAUAUUGAUGAACUUGAACUUGUAAAGUACAAAAUCAUCUCUGGAAAUGAACUUGGUUUUUUUUAUUUAAAUCCAGACUCUGGUGUUUUGCAGCUUAAAAAGUCACUGAUGAAUUCUGGCAUUAAAAAUAGUCAGUUUGCCCUCAGGAUUACAGCAACCGAUGGAGAGAAUUUUGCAGAUCCCAUGUCUGUUAACAUUUCAGUCCUACAUGGAAAGGUGUCUUCAAAGAGCUUCAGUUGCAGAGAAACUCGUGUGGCUCAAAAGCUGGCAGAGAAACUACUCCUUAAGGCAAAAGCAAAUGGGAAACUGAAUCUGGAGGACGGCUUUCUUGACUUUUAUUCAAUUAAUAGGCAAGGACCACAUUUUGACAAGUCAUUUCCUUCUGAUGUGGCUGUGAAGGAGAAUAUGCCAGUUGGUGCUAACAUCCUCAGGAUUAAAGCCUAUGAUGCUGACUCUGGUUUCAAUGGAAAGGUGCUAUUCACAAUAUCUGAUGGCAAUACAGAUAGUUGCUUUAAUAUUGAUAUGGAGACUGGGCAACUUACAGUCCUUAUGCCCAUGGACCGAGAGCACACAGACCUCUAUCUCCUUAAUAUCACCAUCUAUGACCUAGGUAAUCCACAGAAAUCUUCAUGGAGGUUGCUGACCAUCAAUGUGGAGGAUGCUAAUGACAAUAGCCCGAUUUUUCUUCAAGACAGUUACACAGUUAACAUCCUUGAAAGUUCAAGUAUUGGUACUGAGAUUAUUCAAGUGGAAGCCAGAGACAAAGACUUGGGUUCUAAUGGUGAGGUGACUUACUCAGUCUUGACGGAUACACAUCAGUUUGCCAUCAAUAGCUCAACUGGAAUCGUUUAUGUAGCUGACCAAUUAGACCGGGAAUCCAAAGCAAACUACUCAUUAAAAAUAGAAGCCAGAGACAAGGCAGAAAGUGGCCAGCAGCUCUUUUCGGUUGUUACUCUUAAGGUUUUCUUGGAUGAUGUCAAUGACUGCUCCCCAGCUUUUAUUCCCAGCAGCUAUAGCGUGAAGGUUCUUGAAGAUCUCCCUGUGGGCACUGUCAUCGCUUGGCUGGAGACCCACGAUCCAGAUCUUGGACUGGGGGGUCAAGUGCGCUAUUCUUUGGUCAAUGACUAUAAUGGGAGAUUUGAAAUAGAUAAAGCAAGUGGUGCCAUUCGCUUGAGCAAAGAGCUGGAUUAUGAAAAGCAGCAGUUCUAUAACCUCACAGUUCGGGCAAAAGACAAAGGGCGGCCUGUCUCUCUGUCAUCUGUUUCCUUUGUUGAGGUGGAAGUGGUGGAUGUCAAUGAAAACCUCCAUACCCCCUAUUUCCCAGACUUCGCUGUUGUUGGAUCUGUAAAAGAAAAUUCACGUAUUGGAACAAGUGUGCUGCAGGUGACUGCCCAAGACGAGGACUCUGGGAGAGAUGGAGAGAUCCAGUACUCCAUCAGGGAUGGCAGUGGUCUUGGAAGGUUCAAUAUAGAUGAUGAGAGUGGGGUCAUCUCUACUGCAGACAUUCUGGAUCGAGAGACAACAGGGUCCUACUGGCUGACAGUGUAUGCCACAGACCGGGGGGUAGUUCCACUCUAUUCCACUAUCGAAGUCUACAUCGAAAUUGAGGAUGUGAAUGACAAUGCCCCGUUGACCUCCGAACCUAUUUAUUAUCCUGUCGUCAUGGAAAACUCUCCCAAGGAUGUAUCUGUCAUUCAGAUUCAGGCUGAGGAUCCUGACUCUAGUUCCAAUGAAAAGCUGACAUACAGGAUUACAAGUGGAAAUCCUCAGAAUUUUUUUGCCAUCAAUAUCAAAACAGGUCUGAUUACCACAACUUCAAGAAAACUGGAUCGAGAACAACAGGCAGAACAUUUCCUGGAGGUGACAGUGACAGAUGGCGGUUCCUCUCCAAAACAGUCAACCAUUUGGGUGGUGGUUCAGGUUCUGGAUGAAAAUGACAACAAGCCUCAGUUCCCAGAGAAGGUCUACCAGAUCAAGCUACCGGAGCGUGACCGGAAGAAGAGGGGGGAACCCAUUUACAGGGCUUUCGCGUUUGAUAGAGAUGAGGGCCCCAACGCAGAAAUCUCCUACAGUGUAGUGGAUGGGAAUGAUGAUGGAAAGUUCUUUAUUGACCCUAAAACUGGCAUGGUUUCAUCCAGAAAGCAAUUUACAGCAGGGAGUUAUGACAUCCUAACGAUAAAGGCGGUGGACAAUGGGCGCCCACAGAAAUCCUCCACGGCCCGCCUCCACAUUGAAUGGAUUAAGAAACCACCCCCUUCACCUAUACCGCUAACCUUCGAUGAGCCAUUUUAUAACUUCACAGUCAUGGAAAGCGAUAGAGUCACCGAGAUUGUGGGGGUGGUGUCUGUGCAGCCAGCUAACACCCCUCUGUGGUUUGACAUAGUUGGGGGGAAUUUUGACAGCUCUUUUGACGCAGAGAAGGGUGUCGGGACCAUUGUCAUUGCAAAACCUUUGGAUGCAGAGCAGAGGUCCAUUUAUAAUAUGACUGUGGAAGUCACCGAUGGGACAAAUGUUGCUGUCACUCAGGUAUUCAUCAAAGUGCUGGAUAAUAAUGACAAUGGCCCAGAAUUCUCUCAGCCCAAUUACGACGUGACCAUCUCCGAGGACGUGCUCCCAGAUACAGAGAUACUGCAGAUCGAGGCCACCGAUCGAGACGAGAAGCACAAGCUGAGCUACACUGUCCACAGCAGCAUUGACUCCGCCAGCAUGAGGAAAUUCCGCAUCGACCCCGGCACCGGCGUGCUCUACACCGCCGAGCGGCUGGACCACGAGGCCCAGGACAAGCACAUCCUCAACGUGAUGGUCAGAGAUCAGGAGUUUCCUUACCGAAGAAACUUGGCCCGAGUCAUUGUGAAUGUGGAAGAUGCUAAUGACCACAGUCCUUAUUUUACCAACCCACUGUAUGAAGCAUCUGUGUUUGAGUCGGCUGCUCUGGGAUCAGCUGUUCUGCAAGUGACGGCUCUGGACAAAGACAAAGGGGAAAAUGCAGAACUCAUAUAUACCAUAGAAGCAGGGAACACUGGGAACACAUUUAAGAUUGAACCAGUCCUGGGCAUCAUCACCGUUUCCAAAGAACCAGACAUGACGACUAUGGGUCAGUUUGUCCUGUCCGUCAAAGUCACAGACCAGGGUACCCCAUCCAUGUCUGCCACCGCGAUUGUGCGCAUUUCUGUCACCAUGUCUGAUAAUUCUCACCCCAAGUUCGCUCACAGAGACUACCAAGCAGAAAUAAAUGAAAAUGUUGAUAUUGGAACAUCCAUCAUUCUGAUCUCUGCUAUCAGUCAAUCUACCCUCAUUUAUGAAGUCAAAGAUGGAAACGUUGAUGGGGUCUUUACCAUAAAUCCAUAUUCUGGAGUCAUCACCACCCGGAAAGCACUGGAUUACGAGGGAACUUCCUCUUAUCAACUCAUAGUACAGGCCACAAACAUGGCAGGAAUGGCUUCCAACGUCUCUGUCAAUAUUCAGAUUGUCGAUGAAAAUGAUAAUGCCCCAGUUUUUCUCUUUUCUCAAUAUUCGGGCAGCCUGAGUGAGGCUGCCCCAGUUAAUAGCAUUGUCAGGAGCUCAGAUAACAGCCCACUGGUGAUUCGAGCCACUGAUGCUGACAGCAACCGGAAUGCUCUGCUCGUGUAUCAGAUUGUGGAGUCCACAGCCAAGAAGUUCUUCACGGUGGACUCUAGUACAGGAGCGAUCCGAACAAUCGCCACCCUGGACCACGAAACAAUCUCCCAUUUCCAUUUCCAUGUGCAUGUGAGGGACAGUGGCAGCCCCCAGCUGACUGCAGAGAGCCCUGUUGAGGUCAACAUAGAGGUGACAGAUGUGAAUGAUAACCCACCUGUGUUCACCCAGGCUGUGUUUGAGACUGUCUUACUCCUACCUACCUACGUUGGAGUGGAGGUUCUGAAAGUUAGUGCCACGGAUCCUGACUCCGAGGUGCCCCCCGAACUGACCUACAGCCUCAUGGAAGGCAGCUUGGAUCAUUUCUUAAUGGACUCAAAUACUGGCAUGCUCACCAUAAAAAACAACAACCUCUCCAAAGACCACUAUGCACUGAUAGUUAAAGUUUCUGAUGGGAAAUUCUACAGCACGUCCAUGGUCACCGUCCUGGUUAAAGAAGCCAUGGACAGUGGUCUCCACUUCACACAAAACUUUUACUCCACCUCAAUCUCAGAGAACAACACUAAUAUAACCAAAGUGGCUAUCGUCAAUGCCAUUGGAAAUCGCCUUAAUGAGCCCUUAAAAUACAGCAUCUUAAACCCAGGAAAUAAGUUCAAGAUAAAAUCUACCUCAGGGGUCAUUCAGACCACCGGAGUCCCCUUUGACCGUGAGGAGCAGGAGUUAUAUGAGCUGGUAGUGGAAGCCAGCCGUGAGAUGGACCAUCUGCGCGUGGCCAGGGUGGUGGUCAGGGUUAACAUCGAAGACAUAAAUGACAAUUCUCCGGUCUUUGUGGGCCUCCCUUACUACGCUGCUGUGCAAGUUGAUGCUGAGCCUGGGACUCCAAUUUACCGGGUGACAGCCAUUGACAAAGAUAAAGGCGCCAAUGGAGAAGUGACCUAUGUCCUACAGGAUGACUAUGGCCACUUUGAAAUCAACCCUCACUCAGGGAAUGUUAUUUUAAAAGAAGCAUUCAACUCUGACUUGUCCAACAUUGAGUAUGGUGUCACCAUCCUAGCCAAAGAUGGUGGGAAACCUUCUUUGUCCACAUCUGUGGAACUUCCCAUCACUAUCGUCAACAAAGCAAUGCCUGUGUUCGAUAAGCCCUUUUAUACAGCAUCCAUCAAUGAAGACAUCAGAAUGGACACCCCCAUUCUAAGCAUCAAUGCCACCAGUCCAGAAGGCCAAGGCAUCAUCUAUAUCAUUAUUGAUGGGGAUCUUUAUAAACAAUUCAACAUUGACUUUGACACUGGGGUCCUGAAAGUCGUUAGCCCUUUGGAUUAUGAAACUACAUCUGCAUACAAGUUGACAGUAAGAGCCAGUGAUGCUCUUACUGGUGCCAGGGCUGAAGUCACUGUUGACUUGAUAGUUAAUGAUGUAAAUGACAACCCCCCUAUUUUUGAUCAGCUUACCUACAACACAACAUUGUCAGAAGCAUCUCUCAUCGGGACACCUGUUUUGCAAGUUGUCUCUACUGAUGCUGACUCAGAAAACAAUAAGAUGGUACAUUAUCAGAUUGUCCAGGACACUUACAACAGCACCGAUUAUUUUCACAUAGACAGCUCCAGUGGCUUAAUCCUGACAGCAAGGAUGCUGGACCAUGAGUCCGUGCAGCACUGCACUUUGAAGGUCAGAGCAACUGACAGUGGCUUCCCAUCGCUGAGCAGUGAGGUGCUGGUUCAUAUCUACAUCUCAGACGUCAAUGACAACCCUCCAGUUUUUAAUCAGCUCAUUUAUGAGUCCUAUGUGAGCGAGUUAGCCCCCCGAGGCCAUUUCGUGACCUGUGUGCAAGCCUCCGAUGCAGACAGCUCUGACUUUGACCGGUUAGAAUAUAACAUUUUAUCUGGGAAUGACAGGACGAGCUUCCUAAUGGACAGCAAGAGUGGGGUCAUCACACUGUCCAACCACCGGAAGCAGCGGAUGGAGCCUCUGUACAGUCUCAAUGUGUCAGUCUCUGACGGGCUGUUCACUAGCACUGCACAGGUGCAUAUCAGGGUGCUCGGGGCUAACCUGUACAGCCCCACCUUUGCACAGAGCACCUACGUGGCUGAGGUUAGAGAGAAUGCGGCUGCUGGGACCAAGGUAAUCCAUGUUCGAGCCACCGAUGGGGACCCAGGGACAUAUGGUCAGAUCAGCUAUGCCAUCAUCAAUGACUUUGCUAAAGAUCGAUUCCUCAUAGACAGCAAUGGACAAGUCAUCACAACAGAAAGGCUUGACCGGGAAAACCCUCUGGAAGGGGACAUUAGUAUUUUUUUGAGGGCCCUUGAUGGCGGAGGGAGAGCAACUUUCUGCACUGUGAGGGUGAUUGUUGUGGAUGAAAAUGACAAUGCUCCCCAGUUCAUGACAGUGGAGUAUAGGGCCAGUGUCAGGGCAGACGUUGGAAGGGGCCACUUGGUCACUCAGGUGCAGGCCAUGGAUCCAGAUGAUGGAGCCAACUCAAGGAUUACCUACUCUCUAUAUAGUGAGGCCUCGGUCUCAGUGGCUGACCUCCUGGAAAUUGAUCCUGACAAUGGCUGGAUGGUCACGAAGGGCAACUUUAACCAGCUGAGAAACACGGUGCUGUCGUUCUUUGUCAAAGCAGUAGAUGGGGGCAUCCCGGUCAAGCACUCCCUCAUUCCAGUCUACAUCCAUGUCUUGCCCCACGAAAUGUUCUUGCCUUCGUUUACCCAGACUCAGUAUUCUUUCACCGUUUCAGAAGAUACAGCCAUUGGGAGCACAGUGGACACCCUGAGGAUUUUGCCCAGUCAAAAUGUCAGAUUUAGCACAGUGAAUGGGGAGCGUCCAGAAAACAACAAGGGGGGUGUCUUCAUCAUAGAACAGGAAACAGGCACCAUCAAGCUCGACAAACGCCUGGAUCAUGAAAUCAGCCCAGCUUUCCACUUUAAAGUAGCAGCCACUGUACCCCUGGACAAGGUAGACAUUGUGUUUACUGUGGAUGUAGAUAUCAAGGUGUUGGAUUUGAAUGACAACAAGCCAGUCUUUGAAACUUCUAGCUACGAGACCAUCAUAAUGGAAGGGAUGCCUAUUGGCACCAAACUCACACAGGUGAGGGCCACUGACAUGGAUUGGGGAGCUAACGGGCAGGUCACGUACUCCCUCCACUCAGAGUCCCAGCCCGAGAAGGUGAUGGAGGCGUUCAAUAUCGACAGCAACACAGGCUGGAUCAGUACCUUGAAGGACCUGGACCACGAGACAGACCCCUCAUUCACCUUCUCCGUGGUGGCGUCCGACCUUGGAGAGGCCUUCUCUCUUUCUUCCACGGCUUUGGUCUCUGUCAGGGUGACAGAUAUAAAUGACAACGCACCCGUCUUUGCCCAGGAGGUGUAUCAAGGGAACGUGAAGGAGAGCGACCCUCCAGGCGAGGUAGUGGCCGUCCUCAGCACGUGGGACAGAGACACUUCUGACAUCAAUCGCCAAGUGAGCUACCACAUUACAGGAGGGAAUCCCCGAGGAAGGUUUGCGCUGGGGCUGGUGCAGAGUGAGUGGAAGGUCUAUGUGAAGAGACCUCUAGAUAGGGAAGAGCAAGACAUUUACCUCCUCAAUAUCACUGCCACCGACGGGCUCUUUGUCACACAGGCCAUGGUGGAAGUGACUGUCAGUGACGUGAAUGACAAUAGCCCAGUGUGUGAUCAGGUUGCAUAUACAGCGUCAUUUCCCGAAGACAUCCCAUCCAAUAAAAUCAUCCUGAAGAUCAGUGCCAAGGAUGCUGAUAUUGGAUCCAAUGGAGACAUACGAUACUCACUCUAUGGAUCUGGACACAGUGAAUUUUUUCUAGACCCAGAAAGUGGCGAGUUAAAAACCUUGUCUCUGUUGGACCGGGAGAAGGUCCCUGCCUACAACCUGAUUGCCAGGGCCACCGAUGGGGGUGGCAGGUUCUGCCAAUCUGAUAUCCGCCUGAUCCUGGAGGACGUGAACGAUAACCCCCCUGUGUUCUCUUCGGACCACUACAACGCCUGUGUCUAUGAGAACACGGCCACCAAGGCUCUGUUGACCAGAGUCCAAGCCGUGGACCCCGACGUCGGCCUCAAUAGGAAGGUCGUGUACUCCCUGGCCGACUCCGCCCAUGGGUUCUUCUCCAUUGACCAGUCGUCUGGCAUCAUCAUCCUGGAGCAGCCGCUGGACCGAGAGCAGCAGCCCUCCUACAACAUCAGCGUGCAGGCCACCGACCAGAGCCCCGGGCGGGCCCUGUCCUCUCUCGCCACCGUCACCAUCACCGUCCUGGACAUUAACGACAACCCGCCUGUGUUUGAAAGGAGGGACUACCUGGUGACCGUACCUGAAGACACUUCCCCUGGCACCCAAGUCCUUGCUGUUUUUGCCACCAGCAAAGAUAUUGGCACGAAUGCUGAGAUCACGUAUCUCAUUCGGUCUGGGAAUGAACGAGGGACAUUUACAAUCAACCCCAAGACAGGGGGUAUUUCAGUCUCUGAAGUCCUGGACUAUGAAUUAUGCAAAAAGUUUUACCUGGUGGUGGAAGCUAAAGAUGGGGGCACCCCAGCUCUCAGCGCCGUGGCCACUGUCAACAUCAACCUCACAGAUGUGAAUGACAACCCUCCAAAGUUCAGCCAAGAUGUCUACAGUGCGGUCAUAAGUGAAGAUGCCUCGGUUGGGGACUCUGUCAUUUUGCUAAUAGCAGAAGAUGCAGAUAGCCAGCCCAAUGGACAGAUUCAGUUUUCCAUUGUGAGUGGAGAUCGGGACAAUGAAUUUGCUGUGGAUCCUGUCUUGGGACUUGUGAAGGUUAAGAAGAAAUUGGACCGGGAACGGGUGUCUGGAUACUCCCUGCUUGUCCAGGCAGUAGACAGUGGCUUUCCUGUGAUGUCGUCAACUGCUACUGUCAACAUUGAUAUUUCUGAUGUGAACGACAACAGCCCAGUCUUUACACCUGCUAACUAUACUGCUGUGAUUCAGGAAAAUAAGCCCGUAGGCACCAGCAUUUUGCAGCUGGUGGUGACAGACAGAGACUCCUUCCACAACGGGCCUCCCUUCUCCUUCUCCAUCCUGUCGGGAAACGAGGAGGCGGAGUUCGUGCUGGACCCGCACGGGACCCUGCGGUCGGCCGUGGUCUUCCGGCACACGGAGUCUCCGGAGUACGUGCUGCGUGUCCAGGCGAAAGACUCCGGCAAACCCCAGCAAGUUUCUCACUCCUACAUCCGUGUGCGGGUCAUUGAGGAAAGUAUCCACAAGCCCACGGCCAUCCCUCUGGAGAUUUUCAUCGUCACCAUGGAGGACGACUUUCCUGGCGGAGUCAUUGGGAAGAUCCACGCCACAGACCAAGACAUGUACGAUGUGCUCACGUUUGCCCUGAAAUCCGAGCAGAAAAGCUUGUUCAAAGUGAACAGUCAUGAUGGGAAAAUCAUCGCCUUGGGAGGCCUGGACAGUGGCAAGUAUGUCCUGAAUGUGUCGGUGAGCGACGGUCGCUUCCAGGUGCCCAUCGACGUGGUCGUACACGUGGAGCAGCUGGUGCACGAGAUGCUGCAGAACACCGUCACCAUCCGCUUCGAGAACGUGUCCCCCGAGGACUUCGUGGGGCUGCACAUGCACGGCUUCCGGCGCACCCUGCGGAACGCGGUCCUCACGCAGAAGCAGGACAGCCUGCACAUCAUCAGCAUCCAGCCCGUGGCGGGCACCAGCCAGCUGGACAUGCUGUUUGCGGUGGAGACGCACGGCAGCGAGUUCUACAAGCCGGCCUACCUCAUCCAGAAGCUGUCCAAUGCCAGGCGGCACCUGGAGAACGUCAUGCGCAUCUCGGCCAUCCUGGAGAAGAACUGCUCAGGGCUGGACUGCCAGGAGCAGCACUGUGAGCAGGGCCUGUCGCUGGAUUCCCACGCACUCAUGACCUACAGCACAGCUCGCAUCAGCUUCGUGUGUCCGCGCUUCUACAGGAACGUGCGCUGCACCUGUAACGGAGGCCUGUGCCCAGGGUCCAACGAUCCUUGCGUGGAGAAGCCGUGUCCAGGGGACAUGCAGUGUGUCGGUUAUGAAGCCAGCAGGAGACCGUUCCUCUGCCAGUGUCCACCAGGGAAGCUCGGAGAGUGCUCAGGGCACACUUCCCUCAGCUUUGCUGGAAACAGUUACAUCAAAUACCGGCUUUCUGAAAACAGCAAAGAAGAGGACUUUAAGCUGGGUCUGCGUCUGCGAACACUGCAGAGCAACGGGAUUAUCAUGUACACCAGAGCAAAUCCCUGCAUAAUUCUGAAGCAUCCGUGGCUCAUGAGGUCCCUUGUCUCCCCAGGCUAUCAGUGUACCUGUCUGUCGCAGUUCACCGGGAGAAACUGUGAAUCGGAGAUCACAGCCUGCUUCCCAAACCCCUGCCGGAAUGGAGGCUCCUGCGACCCCAUAGGAAAUACUUUCAUCUGCAGUUGCAAGGCGGGGCUCACUGGACUCACGUGCGAAGAAGACGUGAACGAGUGCGAGCGGGAGGAGUGCGAGAACGGCGGCUCCUGCGUGAACGUGUUCGGCUCCUUCGUGUGCAACUGCACGGCCGGCUUCGUGGGCCAGCGCUGCGGCCUGCGCCCCGUGGUGGUGCCCAACAUCCAGGCGGGCCACGCCUACGUGGGCAAGGAGGAGCUCAUCGGCAUCGCCGUGGUCCUCGUGGUCAUCCUGGCGCUGGUGGUCGUCUUCAUCGUCUUCCGCAAGAAGGUCUUCCGCAAGAACUACUCCCGCAACAACAUCACGCUGGUGCAGGACCCCGCCACGGCCGCGCUGCUGCACAAGAGCAACGGCGUCCCCUUCCGCAGCCUGCGGGGCGGCGACGGCCGCAACCUCUACCAGGAGGUGGGGCCCCCGCAGGUGCCCGUGCGCCCCAUGGCCUACACCCCGUGCUUCCAGAGCGACUCCAGGAGCAACCUGGACAAGAUCGUGGACGGGCUGGGGGGCGAGCACCAGGAGAUGACCACCUUCCACCCCGAGUCGCCGCGCAUCCUGACGGCCAGGCGGGCACCCAUGCGCUUCUCACAGCAGCGCCCCUGGGCGGCGAGGCCGGCAGUGUGGCUGCCUGAGGGAUACGCAGAAAGCGUGCUCUGGAAGAUCAUUUCUCACUUUUCCCCCUUGUGCUCAGGGCUAAGCCUGGUGCCCACUUCGUCCUUUGGAAGGCACGCCUUCGUAUUUUCUGUGGUGUGGCUGUUGGGAGGUGAAUUUCUCCCUGGCGCCUCUCUCCACUUGUAUCGGUUGUUUAUCCGGCUCAUCAUUUCUCUGUGUCUUCAGCAUCCGACAGCAGACAAAGGAGUUGAUGACCCGGGAGAAGUGACCUGCUUUGCAGGCAGUAAUAAAGGCAGCAACUCUGAAGUUCAGUCCCUGAGCUCCUUCCAGUCGGAUUCUGGUGACGACAAUGCAUCCAUAGUGACUGUCAUUCAACUUGUCAACAAUGUAGUUGACACUAUAGAGAAUGAAGUGUCUGUCAUGGAUCAAGGACAGAACUACAACCGAGCCUAUCACUGGGACACCUCUGACUGGAUGCCGGCCGCCCGCCUGUCGGACAUCGAGGAGGUGCCCAACUAUGAGAACCAGGAGGGAGGCUCUGCACACCAGGGCAGCACCCGGGAGCUGGAGAGUGACUACUACCUGGGCGGCUAUGACAUCGACAGCGAGUACCCACCCCCCCAAGAAGAGGAGUUCUUGAGUCAGGACCAGCUGCCCCCUCCCCUGCCAGAGGACUUCCCGGACCAGUACGAGGCCCUGCCACCCUCCCAGCCUGUCUCGCUGGCCAGUACCCUGAGCCCAGACUGCAGGAGGAGGCCCCAGUUCCACCCGAGCCAGUACCUCCCGCCUCACCCCUUCCCCAACGAAGCAGACUUGGUGGGCCCGCCCGCCAGCUGCGAAUUUAGUACUUUUGCCGUGAACAUGAACCAGGGCACAGAGACGGCAGGCCCAGCAGACAGUGUGUCUCUAUCCUUGCACAAUUCCAGAGGCACCUCCUCUUCGGAUGUGUCGGCCAGCUGCGGCUUUGACGAUGCCGAAGUGGCCAUGAGCGACUAUGAGAGCGUGGGCGAGCUCAGCCUCGGCAGCCUUCACAUUCCGUUUAUGGAGACUCAGCACCAGACUCAAGUGUAGAGGACACGCCUCGGGCUUUGCACUGUUUGUUACAGGAGGAGGCUGGCUGGGCUUGUGUCUCCCUGGAGAGCCGUGUGCUGAGCAAGGAGGAAACGCAGGUAUUUCCCACUGGGAGCUUCCGUUUCAGUCCAGCCCUACUCUAGCUGGGAGAAAAGGAAAGGCUCAGAAAUUGUUUCUGAGAGGUGACUGAUGGCCCUUGCAGUGUGUACCUGCGUUCAUGACCAAGAAAGCUCACUGAGUUUUUAAAAGGGGGAAAUGCAUUUCACCCUCUAAGUUACACAGUCGAUCUUGUAUGGCUUUGUGCAGUAUUGUGCCCUGGAAAGUGUUACAGCAUCAGCCCUUACAGUAUUAAUAGCUGGAAACAAGCAAAAAGGCAUGUAAUUUUGAUCCAAUGGGGGGCGGAUGAAAAUGUUAGUUAUUGUUGGAAAAGCUAGGCAAAAGAAUAAAAAAAAUAAAUAUCAUUAAACCAACAAGAAAAUGGGCUGAAGCCUUUAAAAAUCAACUUUAUUUUUUUUAUAAGCUCCCCAAUUUUCAGCUAUAAAAUUAGAUUUAGGUAAAUGUUUAGUAUGCUUAGUUAUUUUUAUUUGUUUGUGUUAAGCAUCCAAUAUAAUAUAGUUGGGUUUUAUGAUCUUUGAGAAAGAUAUAAUGAAGACAACUAAGAGAAUAUUUGGGUUCCAUUUUGUGGGUUGGGGACGUUAACAUUGUUCAAACAUUUAAAAGAAUGUGAUUAUCUGUUUUCCAGUAAACAUUCCUGGCUAUAACUACAAUUUUAACACUACUGCAGAAAUUAGCCUUUGUUCCAAGAAUCAGGAAAUAAAAAGAAAGAAAAAAGAAAGCAGUAUUUUGGUACUUUAUUCUCCAGAAUGAGAGAUAUUUAUAGGUUUAAGCAGAAUUCACAAAUUUAGGGGGAAAAAGUAAAAUGUAACACUUUCAAAGUUUUCAGCCAGAUAAUCACAAUUCUUGAUAAUGCAAAUAGAAUUUGAGCGUUGUUCUGAAUUGGUUAGCAUCAUCACUAUAAAUGCAAUUGCAUUUUUAAAAGAGAAGGAAGUAGAUUAGUUCUUGUGUAUAAAUUAUAAUAGU